ACACACACACACACACACAACCAUCAUCAUCAGUCCUCCUCCUCCUCCUCUCCCCAGCCCCUCCCUUUCCGUCCCUGCUCGGCUCUCUCCUCUUCAGCCUUGCCUGCUUGCCUGUCAGAUAGGUACUCCAGUGUGUUGGAGGCUAGGCUACCCUCCUCCCGGACCCCCCUGUACGAGAGCCAGCCGCCGUCGUACCCCGAGGCUCGGGCUCCAACCAUGGCAACCACCGCUACUUCCACCAGGUUCACCGACGAGUACCAGCUGUACGAGGAGCUCGGGAAGGGAGCUUUUUCAGUGGUGCGUAGAUGUGUAAAAAAGUCAUCAGGACAGGAAUAUGCUGCAAAAAUCAUCAACACUAAGAAGCUGUCUGCAAGAGACCAUCAGAAGCUGGAGAGAGAGGCUCGUAUCUGCCGUCUCCUGAAGCAUCCCAACAUAGUGAGACUCCAUGACAGCAUUUCAGAGGAAGGUUUUCAUUACCUAGUCUUUGACCUGGUGACAGGAGGAGAGCUUUUUGAAGAUAUUGUAGCCAGGGAGUACUACAGUGAGGCUGAUGCCAGUCAUUGCAUUAGUCAGAUCUUGGAGAGUGUCAAUCAUAUCCACCAGCAUGAUAUUGUGCACAGAGACCUCAAGCCUGAGAACCUGUUAUUGGCCAGUAAGAUGAAGGGAGCUGCAGUGAAGCUGGCAGACUUUGGCCUUGCUAUUGAAGUGCAGGGAGAACAGCAGGCUUGGUUUGGGUUUGCGGGCACCCCUGGCUAUCUCUCUCCUGAGGUCCUAAGGAAGGACCCCUAUGGCAAGCCUGUGGACAUUUGGGCUUGUGGCGUUAUUCUCUAUAUAUUGUUAGUUGGAUAUCCUCCAUUCUGGGAUGAAGAUCAACACAAACUCUAUCAGCAGAUCAAAGCUGGGGCAUACGAUUUCCCCUCCCCAGAGUGGGACACAGUGACUCCUGAGGCAAAGAACCUGAUUAACCAGAUGUUGACCAUCAACCCAGCUAAGAGAAUCACUGCUGAACAGGCCCUCAAACACCCAUGGGUCUGCCAUCGUUCUACAGUGGCAUCCAUGAUGCACAGACAGGAGACUGUGGAGUGUCUCCGCAAGUUCAAUGCUCGCCGAAAACUCAAGGGAGCCAUUCUCACCACCAUGCUGGUGUCCAGAAACUUCUCAGUGGGCCGGCAGCAUACCAACUCUGCUGCUGCCGCCUCCUCCACGGCCUCACUGGCUCAGGAAGCAUGCAAAAGUUUACUCAACAAGAAGUCAGAUUCCGCUAAGCCUUCUACCAACAACAGUAAGAACAGUAUAGUGAGCGCCAUCAAUGCCCUGAAAGACACCAACAUGGCAACCAACGCCCAGAUGGAAUCUCAGAGCACAGUGGUGCACAACCCUCCCGAUGGAGUCAAGGGAUCAACGGAGAGCAACGCCACCAAUGACGAGGAGGAAAUGAAAGGUAGGAAAGCGGACAGUUCAGCGCUGAGUCAGAGCAGCGCCACAGAGGAGAUGCCCCCACUUCUGCCCUCACCUCAAAGUUCACCUGCCAUUCCACCGCAUGACGUAAAGCGCAUGGCAUGGAACAGCACAGGCAACAGCUCCUGCCCCGACUCUGAGCUCUCACAGUCCUCCAUGCCUGCCGCUCCACUAGGGAGCAACACUGUCGCUGCUAAAAGCAACACUAAGCAGACUCGUAAACAGGAGAUCAUCAAGAUAACAGAGCAACUGAUUGAAGCAAUCAACAACGGAGAUUUCGAUGCCUACACGAGGAUUUGUGAUCCUGGACUCACCUCUUUUGAACCAGAGGCCCUGGGGAACCUGGUGGAGGGAAUGGACUUUCACAAGUUCUACUUUGAAAACUUGCUGAGUAAGAACAGCAAGCCAGUGCACACCACCCUGCUCAACCCACACGUGCACCUGAUCGGCGAGGAUGCGGCGUGCAUCGCCUACAUCCGACUCACACAGUUUGUGGACUCCACGGGCCGCCCUCGUUCCAGCCAGUCAGAGGAGACCAGGGUGUGGCAUCGUCGCGAUGGAAAGUGGCUCAAUGUUCACUUCCACUGCUCAGGAGCUCCUGCUGCACCACUACAGUGAUCAGUGGUCCUGAGCCUCCAGUCUACUGGAGUGUGUGUUUUGGGGGGCAGUUUUUUUCAGCGAGCGUGUUUAAGAGGCACGUCCUCUGCGUGGAUUGGCUAGUGCCAGGAGCCCGGACGGGCGAGAUCGCAUCCCUCUCCACGUUACCAACCAAUCCUGUCCCUCCUUUGACCUGCUGGGGGCCGGCUGAACACAAGACACCGCCCCCAUGGGAUGAUGCAUGCAUCUGGCGCCUGAUUGGAGGGCGCGUCUUUGCCCUCUAUCCCUCCCCUGGCAGCCAUCUUUUUUCUGCCCGCGCAAGAUGAGACGUCCUGGGGGAGGAGAGGAUUUACAGUUGAACUUGUGACAGUUUAUGAGUAUGAGUUAUGAAUAUACUGUGUAAAUUAUGACUAGAUGUACCAGAAACCACCAAAACCCAACCAAGCAUUUAUAUUCACUAUCUAAUAAGGGAGGAACAGAGAGGAGUGUGAAGUUAGCAGCUGAGAUUUUGGACACAUUUUGGCAUUCUAGGGAUUACCGGGUAGAAAGUGUUGUGCUUGUUACCCGGACGUUGAUGUAAAAGAUGUAGGGAGAUUUUUCCCAAUCAGCGUUCUAGAGGGGGAAAAAAAAAAAAAAAAAAAAUCAAGUGGGCUCAGUCAGAGAACUUGAUGACGAGAGAAACCUGAUAUCAAAAACAUGAAGCACCAAAGUGUAGAACUUUAGGCUUUUUAUGUGUUUAUGUGUUUUUGUUUGUGUGCUUGUUUUCCAAGAGAAUGGAAAAUGGUGUUGUUUGGGGUGGGUGGGGAGGGGAGGGGAGGGGAGGGGGGGCCUGAUUUGAAGUUAUGCGUUUUUGUUGUGUUUUUAGCGUCCUGUUCCGUUUGCGUUCCUGUGAAUAACCGGAGCCUCUUUUUUUUUUUGGUCUUUUUUUUUUUUUUUUUUUUUUUUUUUUUUUUUGUCGUCUGACUGAUCCUAUAUUUGAGGCUCCUUUUUAAAGCAGCUGAGUUUUUAAAAAGAGGGAUUUUAUUGUGCAAGUUUAAAGCUAUCUGCGCGUGUAACAUGUUCUGUUUGUGUCUGUAUGCAGUGGAGGGAGUGAGCGAGCCGGGAAAAGGCGUCUGCGUUUUGCAUGUUUGCCUGCCGCCUCUCCCUCAUUUGUCCUUCCCCUCCUCCCGUCCCCUUUUUCUCUCUUUAACCAUUCCCUUUUAAAAACCUACCUUCCCCUCUCCUUUUCUCUGCUUUCUGCAAGGGUCUGGUUUGUUUAUAAUCACUGUGUAAAUACAGUGUAUGUAUAGAUAUAUGUAGAAAAGUGUAUUAUAUGUACAUGUAUCUAAGAGACACUCAUCCUGUGCACCUGGGCAUGGGAACUAUCUCAUGACCUCUGUGACCCCGAUCUAAUUUAGGAGCAACCUUUUCCAACACCUAUCUCGAUUUGCCUCCUUAAAAUACUUCCUUAAAAAUAUUGGUAGCUCUUGACCUCAAGAAUAUAAAACACGUGAAUACACACUUGUGUCGGCUACCAGCUCUAGUCCCAUGGCCGUAAGACUGUUUUUGGAGACGGGGAAUAAAAAGAAAUAACAGGUUGAAAAUAGUUUGACCCCCCUCCCCUCCCCUCUGCCCAACAACUUUUUAAAUAUGAAGACCUCCAUCAUAGUGUCCUUAAAAAUCCUGAUCCCACAAUGCUGUGAGCCGUCUCUUCAUAUCAUAUGCACACACACACACACACACACACACACACACGCCUGGUGGUGUGUUUAGGCUUUGUAACAUAUCUGCACCACUGCUGUGUGACCACGGCACCACCCUCGCUGUGCUGCUUAAUUGUCUCCAUCCAUCCGCGACAGUCGUAUCUUAAACCCCCCCCAGAUAUCUCUCCCCCCCCCCCCCCCUCCGUGUUCCCCACGAGUCCUUGCUCUUGAGAUGUUUAUUUGUACCUCUCUCUGUUGUUUCUCUGUUCCCGUGUUACUGGUUUAAGUUUUAAUUUGUUGUCGUCGCUGUUGCUGUUAACUUGUCGUUUGGUAAUAUGCCGAUCUGCCAAGCUGGAGUUCUGCACUCUCCCUCGCAACACAGAGAAGAUUAAAAAAAAAAAAGAAUUUUAAAAAAAAAAGGGAAAAGAGGGAGGAAGUAAAGACAACACAAAAUUACAGAUUGAAUGAUCAUGGAUUGAUCAGGACUAAAUUAUUUAUAAAUGUAAUCUACCCUUGGUGGUUUUAAAUCGUGCCUGCUCAGUUGAGAGGAGUUUCGAAAGCCAGAGAGAGAGAGAGAGAAUGAUUUGGUGUGGGUGUGCAGGUUUCUGUGACCUACACUGUCGAACCAGAGCGGGAGACCUAGUUAUAUGCAUGUUUCAGUUACGCAUUUCUACCAUGUACCUACCUGAAUAAGGAUGGAGCUAGUGUUAAUAUAUGAUAUUUGCAUCUUUUGAAAUAAAAAUUUCCUCCAUCCAGAAUGUUGAAUAGGUGACAUGACAAAAUAUUUUAAAAAACUGCAAAAUUUAAAAAUAAUAAAAAAAAAAAAAAUUAAAAAAAAAAAGGAUUCAGGAGCCGUAGCUUGGUAUGAGGCCCUCGAUGUUACCGUUUUUUCCCUGCGUUGUAAUGAUAUAAUAUUGGGCUGCGCUUUCUCCCCCAGCCUUCACAUGGAUGCUGGAGUUUUUUUGCAUGAUCAUGAUGUACAAUGAAAUACAACCAUGAAUUGACGACUAUCAAGUGUUUGUCUGAGUGUUAGUUGGUCUUCAUCAUAGCUUUGUUAUUCUUCAAACUUGGAUCUUGAAAGUAUUUAAUAAAAAUACUAUUUCAGCACUG